UUUUUUCAUAAAUUGAGUGCUUAUUUCACAAACUGUGUUUUGUUAUUAAUGUAAAGAGCAUACAUUAACACAAAUCAUUGCUGGGUAUCUAGUUUAGGUCUAAAUGAUCACGUUUGUAAAUAUAAUGAAAAAGCCCUUUUAUUCAUAGAACAAAGCUGAGUUUCCAAUUAGAGGCGAACAUCAGGAACAGCAGUGUAGCUUCUUCAUCUUUCCAUUGUUGGGUGUACAAACCCUUCUGCUGAAGUAUGAACCUGGCUUUGAUUUAGCAAGUAACGUCCUCACUUGUGAACACCUCAAAUAUUUAUCUUCAAUCAUCUUGUGAAUUGUUGAACGCCUGCUUAACCAGUUAGCAGUAUGCCGAAGGGUAGGGCAGAUCUGGUUUUUCAGUGAAGAUAAUUGCACAUUGGCAUUUACGGGAUAUGCGUACUCGCUGCUUUUUGAUGGAGGUGAAUACAAAUGAUUUGUAACUUUAACUUGAGGUUGUUUUGGUUAACCUAGAUUUACUGUAUUUUGGGUAAAAUGGGAGAUAAUAAUUCAGAUUAUGACCUUUUCAUUUACAGUGGUUUUAUCUUCACUAUGAAAGGAAUGCAAUUUAACGGGAACUGUUUUAAACAAGACUACUUUUAUUUUUUUGUAAGUAAAAAAGGAUAAGGUGUGUUUAAAAUUAGGAACAAAUGGAUGCGCUGUGUGUAUUUUUUUGUGUUCAAAAUCCCUGGGUUUCCAUCAGACACAGGGUUGACCAAUUGGCUGCAAUGCUCAUUGAGCAACAAUUUACAGAACUAUUGCAUCUUCCCUUUUAUUGCAAUCUUAUUUUUUUAUAAAAUUACUUGAAAGACACGGUAGUGAAUGUGGAACCACUGAAAGUGAAAUGAAUCCAACUAACACUGAGCAUUUGCAAACUUUUAACAUUUGUCACAAAAUCCUGAUGAAAAUUUGAAUGAGCGUGCCGUUUUAAUUGUAGUCAUAAAUUCUUCAUCCUUUUCUUUUCCAUUAAGGUUAAGGUUCGACGAAGAAAAUGCAGAAGAAGUCUCAUGUCCACUUUAUUUUCAGUAAUAUGAAGCUCAGAUGUGUGAAGCUGAAUUGUUGAAUGCAUGCUAAACAUGAGGAGGGAAGAACUUUGAGCAGUGUGUGAGAAGGGGAAGUCAGAAGAUGUAAGAAAAUUGAAGAAAGAAGAAUAAUGUGAAGUAAUGAAGUUACAGAAAUGAAGUUAAGGAAGUAAUCUGGAUAAGGUCGCUGCGCUAAGUAAUUUUCUGGUCUAUUUAUCCAAUGCGUGCAUGUCAUUGUUAUUGAAUACAUCACACUUUAAUUUAUGUUAUUGCUAUUUUAUUUUGUCUUUUAUUUUUGUAAUCUUAAUUACCUAAUUAUACUUGCUGAUGUAAUCCUAGUGAUAACAUCCUUCCACUGGUUAGAUAAAAUAGCUUUAACCCUGCAUUCAUAAUUGCCAAUUUCUACGUUUUGUGUAUCAUUUUUUUUUCCUUCAAAUUUUCCAGGAUAGUUUUAAAUCUCAACUACAGAGUUGUUGUAGCACAUUUCUUCAUAUUUAUCACUUCUUCUGUGAUGAUGACGUCCUUCUGUGUGUGUGUGUGGUUCGUUCAGGAGUCUCGCUCCGCUUCCAGGAGCGCGAGUCCCCAUGCCCCUGGGAAGUCGGCGAGCCGCUCUCCAGCUCGUUCAAAAGAUGGAUCCCACCAUUCCCGUUCUAAGUCCUGGUCCCGCUCCAGGUCCAGAUCAGGCUCCCAUUCUAACCACGGCUCUCAUAAGCACUACAGCCAUUCUCGGUCGCGCUCCAGGUCCGGCAGGCGCCGGUCCCGCAGCCGCUCCUACAGUGGAGAGCGCCGCCGCAGGAGCCUCAGUCAUUCCCCCAUGUCUAAUCGCCGCAGGCACAUCGGCAAUCGGGCUAAUCCAGAUCCAAAUGCUUGCCUGGGAGUGUUUGGCCUGAGCCUGUACACCACAGAGAGGGAUCUGAGGGACGUCUUCUCUAAGUACGGGCCCCUGGCGGAUGUUUGCAUCGUGUACGACCAGCAGUCCAGGCGCUCCAGGGGCUUUGCUUUUGUUUACUUUGAGAACACAGCUGAUGCUAAAGAGGCAAAGGACCGAGCGAAUGGCAUGGAGCUGGACGGUCGUAGAAUCCGGGUGGAUUUCUCAAUCACAAAAAGACCUCACACCCCGACCCCGGGAAUCUACAUGGGACGGCCCACAUAUGGCAGUGGUGGCGGUGGUGGCGGAGGUCCCGGUGGUCCUCGGCGCUAUUCACGCGACUACGACCGUGGCUAUGACCGUGGAUACGAUAGAGGUGGCUAUGAUCGCUAUGACGACAGGGACUACUACAGAUCAUACAGACGAAGAUCUCCAUCACCAUACUACAGAGGAGCAUACAGAUCUCGGUCAAGAUCCCGGUCUUAUUCUCCUCGUCGCUAUUGAGCAGAUCAGGAAGACAUAAAUCCCUUUUUUUCCAUGGACAGACGAGGCGUUUCUCCUAAAGAUUUGACUUUCUUGUAGAUAUCAUAUUCUUAAGGUGAUAUAUUGCUUUCUUUAAUGUGGAGUUUCAUGGGAAAAAUUUGUGCAAAGUCCUGAGAGAGCAGAAUACCAGCAGCGUAAGCUUAGCAAUGUACUGAUGUGAAAAGUGUUGGCAGAAAACCUUUUCACCCGUUUCUGCCCCUGUGGUAGUUAUCCCUCUGCACAAUGUGAAACUUGGAAGAUGCUCGUCUGCUUAUUCUCAGCUGGUUAGUUUAUUGUGUAAUUUGGAGCUUAAAAAUUUCAACCUUGGUUGAAUCUUUGUGAUUCAUUAGGCACUAUUGUUCUCCAGAGACACUUUUUUUUUUUAACUUCAGAGAACAUUCAGUGUCUGGUCAUGACAAUAUACUCCUAUUUAACAGACAUUUCUCAUUCAACUCCACAUUAAAGAAACCAAACGGAUGAUGAUGACGAUGAUGAUCACCACUCUUCCUCUUCCCUAUCAUUAAUCAGUGAAAAUGGAAAAACACAUUUGAAGCAGUGUGUCCUUGUUUUAAAUUUUAAAUGUACAGGCCAGUGUUGUUCUAACUGGCGUGUUAAUUUAUGGGGUUUUCUUGUGUACAAACUGAGUGAGAAUUCAGCAAAAUUUAAACAAAUUAAAAGGGAAUAGUUUUCUUUUCCACCAA